AUGAAAGAAAUGAAAAAUACACUUUUUAUAUUUGGGUCAGGUGAAUGUGGUCAAUUACCACCAGAAUAUUGUACUGAUUACAUUCAGGCAGAUCCAACACCAGUUCAAAACUUACCAAGUGAUAUUGAUGAAGUUAUAUGUGGUUCAAUGCAUACAAUUAUAAAGACAAAAGAUGAUAAACUUUAUUCUUUUGGUUGUAAUGAUAUGGGUGUUUUAGGUCGAAAAACAGAUUCGAAUGAUACUAAGAAUCUUGAACACACUCCAACAUUAAUAAAUAUAAAAUUUCCAUCAAAAAUAAAAAAAAUAACAUGUGGUGAUAAUCAUACAGCAAUUUUAUUAGAAAACGGUAAAGUUUACAUAACAGGUGGAUUUAGAGAUUAUUGUGGAGUAUUAGGUUUACCAUCUUUCGAAAAGGAAAAUGAAAUAAUAUCAAAAUCUUAUGAAUUUAUUGAAAUUAAAUUCAAUUUUACGAAAAACAAAAAUUCGAAUUUUAAAAUAAAUGAAAGCAUUAAUGCUCAUAAUGAAAAUGAUAAUUUAAGUGAAUUAAAAGAGGAUAUUAAACAUAAUGAUGUUAAAAUAAUUAAUAUAAUAUCAGGUGAAGAUCAUUUAAUAUGUCUUGAUGAAAGUUGUGAAUAUAUUUAUACAUUGGGUAAUAGUGAUUCAUGUCAAGUAUGCAAUACUUUUUAUGAUCAACAAUUUUCAGAAUCUGAAAGAAUAAAAUAUGUAUUUCCUAAUUGUUAUCACUAUAAGGACUUUAAUUUUUCUACAAAAUUUAAAAAUAUUUUCUGUGGUGGUAAUAAUACAUUUAUCCAAUUGGAGGAGUCACUAGAUGUGUAUGGUAUUGGUAGAAAUGCUUAUGGUUCAUGUGGUGUAUCUUUAAAAGAUAAUAUAAUAAAAAAGUUUGAAAAAAUAGAAAUUCUGUCAAAUAAAGAAAUUAAACAAUUGUGCGGUGGUCAAAGUUUUACUGUAUGUUUAUUAAAAAAUAAUGAUUUAUAUAUUUGGGGAAAUAGAGAAAUAUUAGGAAUAGAUAGUGAAGAAGAUGCAUAUUGUCCAUUAGAACUAGAUUUCUUUAAAAAAAAUAAUUAUAUAAUUAAAAAUAUAUCAUGUGGUACUGAUCACUGCUUAGUUCUAACAGAAAAUGAGAAAUUAUUUGGUUGGGGAACUGGAGGAAAUGAAUUUGAUAUAAACACAAGUAUAGCAGUUAUUGAAAAAAAUAUUCCAUCUGAAAUUAAUUUUUCACAUUUUAUAAAUAAAAUAAACUUUAAUUCUAAAAUUGAUCUAGAUUUUUUUAUGAAUAAUAUUAAAAUUGUAUCCUUUUCUGGAGGUUCAUCUCAUUGCGCAUUUAUUUCUUCUCAUUUAGAUUCUGAAAAAAUCACUACAAAGAGAACUCAUGAAAUAUUAGACAAUGAAGAAGUUUUCUCUAAAAAACAAAAAAUAGAAAAUUAUUUAGAAGAUGAAAAUAAAGAGAAAAAAACAUUAAUUAAUGAAGAAACGAAAACACAUAAAUUAGAUAUAAAAGAAAAUGAGGAGAAAAUAAUAGAAGAAUCAAAAGUGAAUGAUAAUGAAAAAGAAAUAAAAAAAGUAAAAUUAGAAGUAGAAGAAAAUGAAGAUUCAGAAAAAGAACAAAAGAAGGAGGAAAUAGUAAAAAUGUAUUUAGAAGAAAAAAAAAAGCAAAUACAAAGUUUAGAAGAAAGAAAAAAUAAAAUUGAAAAUGUAGAGGAGGAGGAGGAAGAAGAAGAAAAAAAAAAAAAAAUAGAAAAAGAAAAAAAUUUAAAUAAAGAUGAUGAAGAUAAUUUUUUUAAAGAAAUAUACCAUACCCCAUUAACGCAAAGUAAUAGAAAUUCAUCUCCAGCAAAAGAAGAAUUUCAAAGUGUAGAAAAUGAAAAUAUUGUAAUUAAAGAAAAUAAUUUAUUAAAUGAAAAAAUAGAAGAGCAUUAUGAUAAUAAAAAGGAAAAUGAGAAAAAUAAAAGAAAAAGAAGUUUAAGGAAUAAAUCAUAUUUAAGUAAUGAAAGUCCUACUAGAAAACAACCUAGGAGAUCUUGCAAAGAAAAUACAUCCUUAAAUGAAAAUGUAAACAAAAAGUUGUAUCAAAUAGUAGAUAAACCAAUUACAAAAAAAAGGAGAAAAACUGCACCAACUACAAAAAGUAAAGUUACAAAUUCUAAAAUAAUAGCAGAUGAAAAAAAAAAAUCUAAAUCGAUAAGUGCAAAAAAAGAAAGUAUAAGCAGAUCAAGUACAAAAAAAGAAAACUUCAAAAGAGAAUGUUUGCAACAAACACCUGAACCCAAAGUAGCAAAAAGUAAAUCAAGAAUGAAAAAUUAA